CUCCCGGUGUGGUGCAUUGUGCAAUCAGGCAACCUCUUGCUCCUGAAGCCACAGCAACCCUUUCCUUUCAUGAUGGCCGCUGGCACCAUAAGCAGAAAUAAACUUUCUUCCUCACGUUGUUUGUUGCUCUGCCAUCUUGCCACAGCAACAGAAAAGUAAGGGGUGUACGUGCUUCUCAAGGAGUCACCAUUGUUGUAAACGACUAGGUGGUAAGAAGAAACAAACUUCGGCAGAAACAAACUCCCUAGAGAAGCAUGAAAGCUGUUUUCCCACCACACAUCGGGUCAUCCGCCCAGGUUUCAAGUCGCAAUAAGUAAGAAGAGUCCCUGCCACCAUGCAAAUGACUGCCCGCAGACCGGACCCUGGGGCGGAGCUAAAGGACCAUCCACAGGCAAUGUUUGCCCGCUCUGCCGGGACUUUAGCAUUUGGAGCAAUUCACCAAGCAGUCUGAACCAGUUUGGAGUGGCACGGUGCCUCACAAAAGGAGUAAUAUAAAUAAACAUUCUGUUUUUACUGGCACUGUGGAAUUUCUGCUACUAAUGGGAGCUCAUGGAUUUGGACCUCUGCACUGAGUCCAGCGAGCCAGUGGAAGAACAUGGCGGUUCAUGCCUUCUAAGAAAAUGUCCUACAAUUGAGAAUGUUUCCGUGUUCCAGCAUUUUAAAAGUCUGAUUGACUUACGAAGACAAGGGGAGCCUCGCCAGAUAGUGAAGUACAUUAACCCUAAAGAGGCAGAGCUCCUAGAUGCUGCUGCUGGCGUCCAAGUCCGAUUCAGACUGGGCGGGGUUAAAUUUCCACCUGAGAUAUACUAUAAAAUUUUUACUCACAGACAUAUCGAAGAUCUGUGUGCUAACAGCCCUCGAGAUUACACAAAGCUUCCGGCAAGAUACGCAUCUCAUAACAAAGACGAUCCACCUCAGGUGGAGGACAACAGUGGCUGGUAUCGCCGCAUAGAGAACAAUGGCUGGAGGCCUGUCUCCAAUAGAUUUUGGAUGCCAACUGAAAACGAAGUGUUGGAGAGCACAAAGGAAAGCGAAUUUCAUUUCUCCAAACUGAAGAGAAAGCAAGAUCUGGAAAAGAAAAGAAAAAUUAAAAAAAUUGAGUGGAUGAGGCAAAUGUACUACCUGGGCAGCCUGGAGGCCAAGGUAACAGACCGUGAGACACUAGUUCUAAUCCACAAAGCAACAAAAGGCCUAAUCAAGAGUAUCGAAGAUGGCGGAGUGGACUCUGUGAUGGAAUGGGAAGUCGAUGAGGUGCUGAACUGGACAAACACGCUCAACUUCGAUGAUUAUAUCGCAAGUUGGAGAGAAACUGCUACAAGCAACUCUUCAGCUUACCUAAAAGAUGCCAAGCUUCAACGAAUACAGAAGAGCCUACAGAGAAAGAUCUAUGAGGAUGAAACAAAGGAGUCAGAGGAGAAAAUAUAUUAUGAUGGUGAUUUCUAUGAAAAUGUUUAUAUAAAACCACUACUUUAACACCUGGUUCCAUGUUUGGCAGAUAAAGAACCAUAAAGAAUUUCCUUUUCUCAGCAAUGGCCCAUCAAGCCCACUUCCCAGUGAAAGCCAAGAGCUACUUAUUGUGAUUACAACGUAUUGUGUACGUAUUACUUAUAGUUAAGGAAUACUGAAGAAAUACUACCCUGGACAAUGUAUAGUUCCUCCUGGCAUUCUGAGAAACUGUAGUUGUUUGACAGUUAUACUUAAAAUAAAGAUACUUUUUUGGGGAUUAAAAA